GCAUAGUGUAGAUAAGAGCCUGUAUAUUUAUUUCGAUGUAUACAGUACAUGCAGUGAAAUGGCAGACGCUAAAAUUUCAGUGGCUUGGGAUCAGUUCAGCUGUUCAGUCUGUCUGCAUCUAUUAGGUUAGCCACAAAAUAACAUAUUUUUUACCAUACAAUAGUUAAAUGUGUCCCUGAAAGGGACUUUGGUCACACCUACAAACACCUGUUUUGCACACGUCUCAAUACAGGAAACACUUCUCAUUUGAAACGUAGUGUUGUUCAGCAGUUGUAGCUAUAUCUGUGUGCUCUUGCCUGAAAUGGCAGAAUCCCGUAUUUCAGUAGCCGAAGAUCAGUUCAGCUGUUCAAUCUGUCUGGAUCUACUGAAGGAUCCAGUGACCAUCCCCUGUGGACACAGUUACUGCAUGAGCUGCAUUACAGACUGCUGGAAUCAAGAUGAUGUGGAGGAAGUUUACAGUUGCCCUCAGUGCAGACAGACCUUCACUCCAAGACCUGCUUUAGGUAAAAAUACUAUGCUGGUUGAAGUGGUGGAGAAACUGAAGCAGACUAAACAGUCUCGUCCUGCUCUCAGUUAUGCUGGACCUGGAGAUGUGGGGUGUGACUUCUGUACUGGAAGGAAACGCAAAGCUGUAAAGUCCUGUCUGGUGUGUCUGAACUCUUACUGUCAAAGUCACUUUAAGUGUCAUGAAGAAUCUCCUUUAAAGAAACGACACAAAGUGACUGAUGCCACUGGACGACUGCAGGAGAUGAUCUGCCCUCAACACGACAGAUUGCUGGAGGUUUUUUGUCGUACUGACCAACAAUGUAUUUGUUUGAUGUGUACGAUGGAUGAACACAAAAAUCAUGAUACUGUUUCAGCUGAAGCAGAGAGGACAGAGAAACAGAAACAGGUUGGAAAUGCACAAGGAAAAAUCCAACAGAGAGCCCAAGAGAGACAGAAUGAGAUUCUGGAGCUCAGAGAGGCCAUACAGACUCACAAGCAUUCUGCAGAGGCAGCAGUGGAAGUCAGUGAGAAGAUCUUUAAUAAACUGAUCCGCUCCAUUAAGAAAAACCGCUCUGAGGUGACACGGAUGAUCAGAAAUCAGGAAAAGGCUGCAGUGAGUCGAGCUGAAGAACGACUGGAGCAAUUGGAGCAGGAGAUUGAUGAUCUGUUUAGGAGAGACGCUGAGCUGGAGCAGCUUUCACAGACAGAUGAUCACAUUCAUUUCAUAGAGAGCUUCCAGUCUCUUUCUGAACCUCUGGAAUCCACAGAUGUAUCCAGCUUUACUGUUAGUUCUGUCCUCUCUUAUGAAAAUGUGAAAAAACCUGUCUCUCAAUUGAAAGAAAAACUGGAGAAGUGCUGUAAAGAAGAGAUGAAAAAAAUAUCUGGUCAAGUAACAAACAUCAACAUCAUUUCCAGUAAUAAACCCAAGACUAUGGAGGCGUUACAACAGUUUUUCUAUCCACAAUUUGUCACUUUAUCAUCAGACGAAAAUGACGACAAUGAUGACAAUGAUGACAAUGAUAAUUUCACACUGUAAACAAAGAGUCAAAUUCCGAAACAACACUACUAAGGACCCUAAAUCAGAGGAUCUGCCGUUUGGGACACCAUUCAGUCUAGAAAACCAUAGCUGAGUACUUUAUGGCCAUGCAAUCUUGAAAGAGAUGAUCCUAGCUAAAGGAAGAACAUUGUCAACGAUAGGAGUUAACCCAAGACUAAUGGUCAAAAGGACAAGACAUUGUGACUCACACAAAGAAAACCACAAAGAUAAUGCCAGAGGUUGUUUGAUCCCCAAGACAUAGAUACAAAACAGACCUUCUUCUUAAAGACCUUUGAAUGACCUCCAAACACAGGUUUGAAAUCUAUAGAAAAUCCAUAGAGACUGUUUUUACAUAUAAAAAUGCAUCAGACCAUUCCAAAACAAUGCUAUGGACAUUUACUCAAACAUUGUUUAACUGCAUAAUUCUAUAUCAUGUCACAACCUAUAUGUGUGACUAUUAUGCUUAGAUCACACAUAAUUCAUGCAAUUGUUAUAACUAUUGAAUUGUUUAAUGGAAGCAUGGAGUGUUUGAUAUCAGUGUGAAUGUCAUCUGACUUGAAUUAUUCUUUGAGUCAAAUCUCUGUCAAAUGUAUUGUAUUCUUAUUAUAGAAAUCACGUCAAAACGGUACUCUCUGCUAAGAGCGGGAAGGCUAGGAGAUCAUCAGACAACAUGUAAUUUAUGUGAGAGGAGGAGAAACAGCCACCAUUGAACCAAAGACGAUAUCUAAUUGGUCAGAAUUCUUCAAAGAGGCUGGACAGACACCUCAGGUUAAAAGCAUCAGACGAGUAGACAAUCGAAAAUACAACAGAUCAAAACAGCAGAAAAUUGGUUAAAAGUUUAAUUCAAGCAAUCUAACUAUGCUAGUCUCAUCUACUUUCCUUUCCUUUACUUAGUUCUUUUCUUUCUGUUGAGUCUUGUGUUCUAAGUGAAGUUUUGCCGUAAAGCCCACUUCAAACUUCAAUUCAUCCCCGAGACUUUCCAAUCAUCCGCCAACACACCAACGUGAUUGGCCGCCAAAGACAUCAAUCCAGACACGACGAGACAUUAGUUUUAUUUGUUAGAAUCAUCAAUAAUGUCUCACUGGUAUUUAAAGAGAAGUGUCUUCUGUAAUGUGCUUAUGAAUUUAGAGUCUUAAACUGCUGAUCUGGUUACUUUGCUAAUAAAUAGUGUUUUCACUAUAGUUCGGAUAUUAAUAUCCGCUACAGAGUGGAUAGUUACGGCAUAUUCAAGGGAACACUGGAUGAUUCAUUUGUUCGGCCGUAAAAUAAGUGAUUCAUUUAAAAUUCCCUAUAAAUGAAUUAACAAUUCCAUUUGAGCUAAACUGACCUGUUUUUCCUUACGACAUGAAAUCAAGUGGCAGGAUUUAUCGUACGAACCAAUCAUAUCCAAUCAUAACCGGUCAUAUCCAGUCAUAGAGCAAUGGAGGCAUUGCUUCCUCUCACAUGACUUUCCACCAUUCAUUCUCAAUUACCCCCCAUCAAACUCUUCGCACACUUUGGGGGGUCUGUCAAAAAGCAAGAAGCUCAGGGGAGGCAAGCCUCCCGCUGUAACUUUACCUGCAGGUGUCGCUGUUGGACAGUUUUACUUUAGAAAAAUGAUUUGACUUUUACACUUUUUUUAAUGUCACAUUUUGUAAUGUUUGUAUUAUUUUAAAUAUAUAUAAAACUGAACUGUAUUUAUGUUUGUAGUUUUUUUUUUAAUUGCUUACACUCUAAAAGUGGUCUUUGAUGCCCACUCAGUGAAGCGAUUUACAUAUCUAAUCUUCAAACCAUUAAAAAACUACACCCAAUGACCAUAUGAAAACAUAUUGUUCACUUAGGAAAUAAAAACUCAAUGUUUUGUAAAAGAAAUAAAUUAUUUUACUCCCUUGCAUUUUGUUUAUUUUGUAAAUAUAUACUGAAUAUACAUACAAGUCAAGUCACCAUUACUUCUAUGGCACUUCAUACAAUACAGACUGUGUUUCAAAGCAACUUCACAAUAGUAACAAAUUCAAAUUCUGCUGCUUUAAUUUAAAUUUCACAGAUUCUGCAAGGGGUUCCCAUACUUUUUCAUGCAACAUGCAAAUUCUUACAAAUAUAGCCCCUUAAUUCAUUUUUUUUUAACUCCUGUAAAGGCAUGUCACAUAUUAUUAGAACUUAUCCCAGGCUUUGUAAUUAUAAUAUUCUACUAAAAUAAAAUAUCAACUAAUAUAAAAAUACAUGGAAUGUAACAGUGAGAGAACAAUGACUUCAGGGAAUUAUUGUUUGCAGUAAUCACAAAUAAUAUCAGUAUACCGUGUGUGUUACAUGUGCCCUGGGUCUGUGUUCAUCAACUUGGUCAUAUGGACUCCAUUUCCCACAAUUCCCCAUCUAGGAACUAAUCACACACUCACACCUGUUUCCCAUCAGUGACACUUUAUAAAGCUGCACUCUAACACACAUACAUUGCUGAGUAUUGUUUAGUUCUGUGUUUCCCAGCCCUGUUCCUGGAGGCACACCAACAGUACACAUUUUAAAUAUCUCCCUUAUCUGAACCAUAUAUUUCUGGUCUUGGACUUUCUACUAAUGAACUGAUGAGUUGAAUCAGCUGUGUUUGAUUAGGAAGAUUUGGAAAAUGUGUACUGUUAGUGUGCCUCCAGGAACAGGAUUGGGAAACACUGGUUUAGUUGUAUGUUAUCCUGUUUUCCUUGUUCUGCUUUGCCUUGCCUGUGUUUUUUGACCCUGGACUGAUUUCUUUGUUUUUGAUCGUUUGCUGCCUGCCUUUACCUUUGUCUGUGUAUUGGAUUUACUCUUUUGCCUUUCCUUCUUGUUACUGUUUGCUGGUGUUUGACCUACUGCAUGUACGACUACGCUCUUAUGAAUAAAGCCUGCAUGUGGAUCUCCAACUCCGUUGCCCCGCUCCCUACAUUGCAGUGUGUUUAUGUAAAUCCUAAAUUCCAGUUUAAAUUUGUAUUCCAAAUUACUGAUUUUUUUACUGAUCUGUAUUUAUACAAAUCUGAGUAAAAAUCUGAGAAUAUUAUUCACAA